CACACACAGAGAGCAGGGCACACCGGGUUUGACUGCAGACAGUGGCGGUUCAGUUGACAGACACUCAGCAGACAUUAACACCUGUCAUGAAGAUGCUCUUCAGCCUCGUGCUCCUCUCCCUCCUCUUCUCUCCAGUUUUGUCACUGGAGUGCUACGUGUGCAGUUCCUCUGCUACAAAUGAAGAAUGCAACAGGAACACUCAGGAAUGUCAGACGCCGCUGGACACAUGCAUGACGGUUGUGGACACAUUAGGCUCUGUAACAGCCAUAGUGAAGCAGUGUGCCAGCAGGGCCACAUGCGAAGGAGCUUCUUCGUCUGCCUCCGUUGACUCGGAUGGAAACGGAAACAAAGUCAACUGCUGCAACACCUUCGACUUGUGUAACUUCAGUGGAGCUGAGUCCAUUCACGCACACAUGACACUUCUGUUUCUAACUGUAGGUGCUUUACUGCUGCUGUCCUGCUGAGGCCAGAUACAGCUAUACAGUCCCUCAUAUGUAAUAUAUUGUAUCAUGUAAAAACUGUGUAGCUUUCUAAUUCAAUUAAUAAUUCUAUUCUUAUUAAACCCGCUGUAUAUACACGUAUGACAUUUAAAAUGUUGACAAUAACCUAAAUGAAAAACUAAUUGUUAACCUAAAAAAAUCUGCACUCAAUAUUGUUUUAAUUACCUGUGAGACUCACUAAGUGCAGGGUUUUCAUCGUUGUUUUAGCACUUAGCUUUGAAACUUUAGGGACUUGAAUACUGAGCUGAAUACUUCUGUACUACGCUUGAAUACUCUUGAUCUUUCCAAACUACAGCCUAAAAUCCCUUUAAAGGAUAUAAAUGUGUUGUAAAAUAAACAGCAGUAUGGCUUGCCUGUA